CAAUUCGAGUCGAAUCUUAAUAUCGCGGUUUAGAGACACUUCGCUGACACCACAGGAGCAGAAUGGAGCCAUGUUUUGUUUUUUUAAAGAAAUUUGUUGUAUUCCAUUUGGAGUUUAUCCCUGAAACUCCACAAGUGACACUUCUACCACCCCUCCAUCAGCAUAGCGGUGAGUAGAUAAUGAGUGAAUUUUCAUUUUUCGUCUAUCCCUUUAAUCUUCCCCCUUCUCAAGGUGAAACCGGUGUCGGCUCCUCAGCAGCUCCUGAGCUCCGAGCGCCAUCUAGCGGAUCCAGUUAACGCUUCAGUCUAUCUCUCACUUUAAAAUGAAGCGUGGUGCAGUCUCAAUCUUUAAAUGAAUCAAGAAGAGGCAGAAACCUAAGUUCAAAUCCAGAGAGGCGAGGACAAGUCACUUCAGACAGAUCUUCAUAGUUCCUACUUCUUCUAUGAACAGAUUGGAUUUUAGAAUGGAUUCAUAGUUUCUUCUGGUAACUUCACUGAUCACAACCCGGAGAACCGGGGCUUCGGAGCGGAGGACUCAGUUUGUCUUUGACGUCAGGUGAGCUGAACCCAUCCCAUCAUCCUGCACCGGAGGAGAAGUGGCUCAGCGCGCACCCAGCGCGCCGCUCGGCCCGCCCGGACACUGCAGUGGGGGGGACCGUGCCACCGCUGCUCGCUCCCGACACGCACCGCGUCCCGCCGCAGACUCCUGAGGAACCGGAGGAAGAACAGCCGAGGAAGCCAUGGCCGAGUCCAACCCGCUGCGGGGGUUCCCCCGCCUGCGUCGGGCCGCGACCUCAUUUCCAGGCAACCUGCAUUUGGUCUUGGUGCUCCACCCCAGCAGCUUGUUAAGCUCUGCCCCCAGUCCGUCCUCAAGCACUGACCUGGGCUUUCGCUUCAGCCAGGAUGACUUCCUGUUAAAGAUGCCGGUGGUGAUGCUGCGUUCAGUCGGGGAACUUCUGCGCUACAUCGAUGAAAACCACCUGACCUCAGACUUUACUGCAAAAGUGGAAUAUUGUCAAAGUGACUGGAUCGUCCUUCGCACGUCCAUUGAGACCUUUGCGGUGACAGUGAAGGAGAUUGCUCAGCUACUGCAGGGCUUUGGAUCGGAGCUGUCUGAGACUGAACUUCCGGAUGAAGCGAACGCCAUUGAGUUCCUGCUGCACUCACACACACACCGAUACCGACAGAUGAAGGAUGAUAUCCGCAAUGUGCUGAAAGAAGGACGCCUGCUGCUGUCCAACCUGGAAACUCUCAAGACCUCCAAUAGAGAUGCAGAGGAGGAGAGGGAAAUACAGGGAGAUAUGAAGACUGUGCAGAGGCUCCUGGCUCAGCUCAGAGACAUGGAGGAGGCGUUUGAUGGCUUCUUUGAGAAACAUCACCUGAAGCUGCAGCAGUACCUCCAGCUGCUGCAGUAUGAAAUCAGUUUCCAGCAGAUGGAGGAGUUGCUGGAGCGACUCUCUGCCCAGGAGAAGAAGAUCUCCUCCGCGGGAACCACGUUGGUUCAGACAGAACAACUACUGAAAGACCUGGAGACGCUGGACAAGCACGCUCAGGAGGAGAUGGCUCGUGCCCACGUGGUGAUCCUGCACGGUCACCAGUUGGCUGCCAGUAGCCACUACGCCCUGGCGCUCAUCGUCCAGCACUGCAACGAGCUGCGACAUCACUGUGAUGUCCUCACCACCGCCAUGCGCACCAAGCGGGCCUCGCUCACCCGAGCGAGAGACCUGCUGCACCGGCUUGAGGACGCGCUGCGUUGGUGUGAUGAGGGAGCCUAUCUGCUGGCGAGUCAGAUGGUGGACAAGUUCCAAACGAAAGAGGGAGCUCAGGACGCGCUGCAGUACCUGAGGUUUCACCAGGAGAGGGCGCCGUCUGUUCUGACUAACAGCCAGGACACUCUGAGCCUGGAGUUUGAAGCCAUACUGACUCCACAGCUGCAGUCCCAGAUCUCCAUGGUCACGGAGAAGCUGACCUCGGUGCAGUCCAUGAUCAGAAACAGAGAGCAGUGUCUGAGGAGGCUGGCGGAAGUGCAGGUCAGACCCAUCCAGCUGGUGGCCCCGAGGCCCGAGCCUGAGCAGACCUUGCAGCGCUGCAAGUCCCCGCUCUUCUCCCCGAAACAUGGUGUGGACCUAAACGUCCUGAACUCCAAGUUUUCCUUUGACCUUCUUCCUGGAAAGAGAGCUGCAAGGAGGAACAGCAGCCAGCGCAAGAUCGAGGUGAUGCACGAUUACCAAGGCAACCGGAGCUGUUUGUAUGGCUUGAAUCCCGAGACGGAUUCAGAGGUGGAGGACAAUCCAGAGCAGGUGACACGCCACAUUAUGAAGGAGCUGAUCGCUACAGAGAGGAUCUAUGUGGACGAGCUGCUCUCUGUUCUUCUGGGCUACAGGGCAGAAAUGGAGGACCCGUCUGUGUCUUAUCUUCUUCCCUUUGCUCUGUGCAGCCAGAAGGACGUUCUGUUUGGCAACAUGCCAGAGAUUUACCAGUUCCACAGCAGGAUUUUCCUUCAAGAUCUUCAGUGUUGCCUGGAGACACCGGAGCGAGUGGGGGCUUGCUUCCUGCAGCGGAAAGUGAAGUUCCAGGUGUACGAGCGUUACUGCCAAAACAAGUCUCGCUCUGAGUCCCUAUGGAGACAGUGCUCCGAUUCUCCAUUUUUUCAGGAGUGCCAGAAGAAGCUGGACCACAAGCUGGGUUUGGACUCUUAUCUCCUGAAACCAGUCCAGCGUCUCACCAAGUACCAGCUGCUCCUCAAGGAGCUGCUGAAGCACUGUACGGAGGAGAGAUACCGCUGUGAGCUGCGGGAGGCCCUGGACUCCAUGCUGGAGCUGCUCAAGUCUGUCAACGACUCCAUGCAUCAGAUCGCCAUCACUGGAUAUCAGGGUGACCUCAGCCAGCUGGGCCGGGUGCUGAUGCAGGGAGGCUUUAGCGUGUGGAUCAGCCACAAGAGGGCGGCAGUGAGGAUGAAGGAGCUGGCCAGGUUCAAACCCAUGCAGAGACACCUCUUCCUCUACGACCACGCCCUGCUCUUCUGCAAGCGCAGAGACGAGGACAACCACGACCGGACGCCCUUCUACAGCUUCAAAUCCUGUCUCAGAAUGAGUGCGGUGGGAAUCACAGAAAAUGUGAAAGGAGAUGUGAAGAAAUUUGAGAUCUGGUACAGUGGAAGAGAAGUAGUUUAUAUCGUUCAGGCUCCCACAGUGGAGGUCAAAGUUGCCUGGCUGACAGAGAUUCGAAAGAUUCUCACCAACCAGCUGAAAAUGUGUCAAGAUGAGCCUCGUUCUCUACCACUUACAGACAACACAGUCUCUGACAGUGCAUCAGAGAUGUGUGUGUCGUGGGGCGGAGCGUCGGUGGGAGGCUGCUCAGCGUGUCUCCCUGUUCCUCACAGCUCCUCGGCAACAAGCCACUCCUACAGGCGCCAGGGGGAGGAGUCAGUACACAGUAGUCCUGCCCACUCAGAACCUGUGGUUAACUCGCCCCGACGCAGUUGGCCUGUUCCGGCCCACUCUGUGGCGAUCUGCGAAGGCCUGGAGGACUGGGGCGCCACUGACCUCUCCAACCUCUCAGACUCAGAAGAGGAGGAUCAGCCUGCUCCGCUGGUGGCGGGCAGGUACAGGGUUAUGGUGGAGAGCAGCAUGGCCAGCACUGAUGACAUCAUCUUUAACUGCGGUGAUGUCAUCCAGCUGCUCCGUGAGGAAUCGUCAGGAAUGUGGAGGGUGAGGAAUAUAAGUCGCGAUGAGGAGGGCCGUGUUCUCCCUGAAGACCUGCACAGGAUUCUGGGAGAGUCCUGCUGAGAACCAAUCAGAAGAGAGGAUAGAUGACGCCUGUAUCUAUUCUCCUUCCGCUUUUGUCACUUAUUUGGCUUCCUCUCUCCUCAAAGCACAACAUCAGCCAUAAACUUUACACUUCAAUCUACUGUGACAGUCAUAAGGAUGUAAAUUACAGAAAUGGCCUCAUAAGACUGUAUCACAACAAACAGCAUAAAUGGGACCUCACACUAUUUUCCAGCAUUAACGCAGAAGGUGAUCUGGACUGAAGAUGCUAAACAGGGAGUUUUUAUUCAUACAUACUGAGUGGACUUUUAUUCAUCGUUUUUUCAUUUCUAUUUUCUUAUGAAAUAUCAGAAACCAUGCAUAUGCCUAAUGACAUAUCAUCACUGAUCAUGUGCCAAACAGCUCAGCUGAUCAUUGUGGCUUUAUUUUGUACAAAGCAACAAUCUCCUUUGGGGAAAAUAGCUUUAACUCGUGAUAUCAUUGUUUUGAAUGAAUUUUUUUUUUUGCGUAUCUGUUCUACAACUGCUGGCUACGUCACUGGAGUAAGGUAAAUUUUGUACAAACAUUCAGUUGGACUCAGGCACGACAUGAUUCGAGAUUGGAGGUCAAAAGUAUCAGUGAUCCCGGAUUAACUGAUUAGACUUAGGUGGGCAAAGGUCAAGGUCAUGCUGGCAUCACAUUUGACCUCAUGAACUCAAAAUCCCAAAUCAACCUCUGGGGAAUUUCUCCAAAUUUAAAUAAGUUGUCACUUGGAUUCAAAGACGAACUGAUUACAUUUUAGUGGUCAAAGGUCACAGCGACCUCAUAUUUGAAUGAGUGCGAUAUGUCAGGAAGGUGUCAUUGGAGCAGAGUAAUUUUUGAUGUUUGGAGACAUCUACAGUGACUGCCAUCACAGCUGCCUGGUGAUAUUGUAUUGGUAGUUAGUGAACUUUGCAGGAAUUUGACAGAUUCAUUUUCCAUGUUUCUCUUUACUGUUGCUGCUGCCGAUGAUUUAUUAUUUGCUGAAUUUUGAUUUGUGCCUUUGGAAAUCUGGUCCUCCUCUGCUGCAGUUGUAGUUUGCACUGUCGCCAUGAGAUGAGGCCAGCUCUUUGUUUGCUGCUGUGCACGUACAACUCCCCCCUAAUGCUCACUGCUAUUUAUACUGCUGUUUAACAUCAACAGGGAAUCUGGACUCAGUUUUGGGGUAUUUACUGUAACUAUAGUGUAGAAUUGUUAAUGCCAACUGAUCUAUUACCCUUAGAUUGUGGAGUAUUGUGUAGUUACUUACGUCACUGACUGCUUGUGACUGAAAUUAGAAAGAAAGCUAAAUAUUUGUCACAACUUUGGUCACUACUCGUCUUGUUUGGACGAACAGGUGAUUUCUGCAGAAUUUGUUGCAGGAGUAACAUAAAUUAAUCCUAACACUGAUUCAUUUCCACAGUUGGAGAAUUAAAGUAUUGCCACACUAUCUAAAUAAGGUGUGCUUAAGGAUACUCAGUAAUAAGUAACACUCCUUCAUGAAAUCCACCAAACACACCUUACAUUGUAACAUCAUUAUGUUAUUGGGUUUGAUCUGUCAAGCUGUAAUAUGUCUACAGUCCCUGUAACUGCCGUAAGCUGCUUCUGCUCAUUUUGCACUUUUCUGAUAUGUUGAAUCAUCGUGAAAGCCUGUAUGAUAAUGCACAAUGUAUAUGAUUAUUUUCCAAAAUUAAAGCACAGGAUUAUUGGAUUAGAAUCAACCUAUCUGAUGCAAAGCAAGAGCAACAGAUUCAGGUGAAAAAACUAACAAGUCCUUUUAUUGUAGGCAAAAAAUGAGGAAAAGGGAACUUAACUUAAGAGCGUUCCAAAAAACAAAGAUCAAAACUCAACAUGGAAGGAAACACUAGGGAAACAAAGCAGCAAAGCAAAACGCGAUGACAA